AGGAACUUAGUUGCCCCCGCUGGACCGUAGGCCGUAUGAUUUUCUCGUUGCUCGUGUGAAACAACGUGAUGUCACCAAAACAAUGGCCGACGAAGAUCCUGCAAAAUACGGUUCAUCUCCGGCAGAACAAUAUAAUCCUUUAGAAGAUGAAAUGCCAUAUUAUGAUGCAGUUAGUGCCCAGACAUCUGAUCAUGAUGCAGAUAUGAGCCAAAGUGAUGAUAAUGCACCAGAUCACCAUGAUGGUGAUCAAGAACAUAAUUCCCUCGAAGGUCUUCUUGAAGAGUAUUGUGAAGCAGCAGCUGAUCAGAUACCAUUUACACCUCCGACUAAUUCUAGACUGUCUAAGAGAGAGAAAAUGAGAAAUAACAGUGGGAAGAAGCCACAGUCAUUUAAAGACUUUAAAGCCAGUUUGGCCAUUGAUAAAGCUAAGAAACCUAAAAGUGUUGUAGGUGUUAUAAAGGAAAGGUACACAGAGAGUAAUGCAUUACUGAGUGGGCUUCAUUACACUGACUCUGAUGCCGACUUAGAAAGAGAUAAUUCACGGGAAGGAAAGGAGAAACGUAGAAAAGAACAAAAUGAAAAGAUGAAGAGUAUAACUAAAUCUAGACAGCAUGAGACAUUUGUAAAGAGACAUUCUGAGGAUAUAACAGGAAUGAGUGAGUACAGUAAUUCAAUGAGCAUUACUACUCCUGUUUUACCCAUAAAAUUAGAAGGGUCAGGCCGGUUCCUGUCCCUAACUCCUGGACUUGCAAAUAAAAGUGUUUUACUCUCACCUGUUGCCCCGGAUAGAGGAGAAAGGCGACAGAUUGCUACAACAAAAUCUGAUUGUCCAAAAGAUAGACAAAUGUUUUACAAGACAUUCUCUGCUCUUAUAAACAUGGGGUCUCAUGGAAAGAAAAAAGACCAGAAAGAAAAAGAUAGUAGGAUAUUAGCACAACGACAACAAAGUUCUGAUGAGAAACUUUAUAUGAAUUUUGUGUGGAUAGGUCUACAGGCAUGGCUGAAUGGAUUAACUCCAACAGAACAAGAAACAAUGAUGAACGAAGAGAGGGAAAAGAUUCCGGCAGUUCUAAAGGAAGUUAUGGAAUUUAAAGUGUUGUUAGCACCAUCUGGUUUGUAUAAUGCUGUGAACCAGUUGUCUCCUGGAGAUACUGGUGAUGUGAUAAACCGUGAUAGUGCCUGUAGUACAGACACAUGUCAAACAGACAUCUCAGAGACAUAUCAUUCUCUCUUUCUUAAAGGAGAGAUAAUAGCCCAACAACAAGAAGCUGUGAUACAAGUGCAAAAACUUCUAGAAAAAUUGGACAAAUGUGAGCAGUUAUUCCCUACAUCUUAUUCAUUUGCCUCGGAAUAUUCCCAGUAUAGAGACCAAAAAUUUAUUAUGAGGGUUGAAACAUUAAAUUUGUGGUUAAAUACUACAAAAGAUUUGUGUCAUAAGAUGAAUGUGCUAGGACAAGUGCUCAAUAAUUCUUCUGUGCCUGAUAGUUGUUGGCCUUUUGUGGACUUCAACAGUCCAAGAGGCAGUGAAUCUUUUGUCGCAGAGCAGGUAUCUGGACUUCAUAGACAUAGUAUUCCUGAAAUAGUUCCAGGCGAAAUGGAAAGUGAUGAGUAUGAGUCAGAUACUGAAGGUGACAAUGGUGUUGAUCAGUCAGAAGGUUCUCAAACUAACAGUAGUACAAAUGAUGUGAAAAAGGUCAGCUUCCGGGUAUCUGAACCUAAGAGAGGUCAUAUAUCACCCCAGUCACCUCUUACUAGUCCAAUUCGUGGUCCGAGUCCCAAUUCAUUUGGCAGUCCACCUGUUUCAUCAACUCCCUUAAAAGGACCAUUUUCAUCAACAUCAUUGUCAAGAGCUUCUAGUGAAGCUAGUUUAGAUGAGUUAGCAAAAGCGUCUAUUUAUAGAACAUAUGUUGAUAAAGGCUUGAAGAAAAUGGGCUUGAACAAAAUGUUGAUUCGUUUACGGGAUAUAUUAUACAGAUCUUUACGAAGAGCAAGGCAGUCGUUGGAGCAGCAGCAUGGGGAUGCAGAGUCAUCAGCAAAGUCACCUUCAUCAGAUGAGUAUUAUCAUGGCAAUGUUGUGUCGCCAAGUCUGGAGCUCCUGGACAACAAGAUUCUUUAUAAGCCAAUGGAGGUCAUCACACCUGCCCAGCUACAGGCAUGGCGUGAUGAGUUCCUAGAAAUAGGUCUUCCGUCCUACAGACCAACAUAUAUCUUCCUGUUACAAGUAUUACUUCAAGUCAUUCAUGAGGCAAUGAAAAUACGACUGGAACAACUCCAGAAUCCUAUUGGGGAGCCUUCUUUUCUUAGUAUUAGACAGCUGAUUAUUGAGUGUAAAGAUGUGUUAGCAAAGGCAGUGUUGGUCAAACAAGACUAUCAGUGUAUGAUACAGGCUGUGUUAGAUGAUAAAGAGGUGAAUGAGGAGAACUCUCCUUUAGACUUGGAACUGUUUGAUGAUGAUAUGUCUAAUAUGUUUAAGAUGUAUUUUCAGUAUUUACAAAGCUGGUUAUACCACCUACAGAAUCUCCCAGAUGCCUCUAGAACACUGAAAAAUCCUCUUGAGGAAGAGUGGAGUUUCACAAAGAAAAUAUGUCCACAUAUUAUAGGUGGUGAGGCGGAGGCUGGCAAGAGAUUUAGCACAAUGGCAAUCAGUUUGUUGAAUUCUAUCUCUGACUUCCUUGAGUCAGGUGUUGAUGAAUGUACGACCAAUUUGUUUGACUGGACGACCAAUGAUAUAUCUGGCUCGGAGGACGGCGAAGGUGAGAGCGAUGAAGAACAUGACACAAGUGUACGAAGGUCAAAGUCUACAACCUCUCUUAGAACAUCAUUCCAGAAGACUUGUCGAAACUUCAAGAACUUGUUUCAUGAAGCCAGAGAAAGAGCCUCGAAGGCCCUGGGGUUUGCCAAACUUCUGAGAAAGGAUUUAGAGAUUGCGGCAGAUUUUAAUGUUGCCGUACCAAUUGCCGAAUUCUUGCAAAAACUGAAAGAAUCUGAUCAUAUUAAUGUGAUAGCUCCAAUGAGUGCUGGUUAUUUUAUGUUUAUACCUGCACGUAUAGCCGAGCACCGGCGUCAGAUUAUACAACUGUUGAAUGUUACGUGCGGACGUGAAGAUGUUUCUGUCAGUUCUGAUCUGUCAAACAGAGAUGAUGGUUAUCUGUUGAUGGUGAGAUGUGGUGGAGGGUUAGACCAGACCAAUGAAUGUCCACUCUGGGACGGUCCGAGUAUACAGGUGGAGCCGACAGCAGAAACUGCUAUUGGUCUUUCACAUAUACAGGUUGAAUCAUUACUGUUAGUUGUGAUACAUUCAUCACAGUUAGGGAACCAGCGUAAAGAGUUUGAGGCAUUGAUGGGCAAUACAGUAGAGCUGGUGAACGAACAAACAUCAUGCCAUCAAGUUAUAGCAGAAUCACUUAUAGAACUUAAGGAGUCUGCUAUAACGUUGCGUGAUAAGGUAGCAACUGUGAUACGUCAGGUAGAGGAACACUGGAACUGUGAUUUGGAGAUGGAGGAAAGCGAGAAAAAUCAUAUCUUAAAAUUAUAUAGGGAAACAAUGCUACAGGCUUAUAACUUCGGCUUCGAGUAUAUGAAGGAGGUGACAAGACUCGUGUCUGGGGAAACUAGACAUAAACUUGGGCGUGGUCUCAUGCAUUUUGCCAAAGAUUGGAUGAAGUUUGUAUCAGAGAAAUGUGAGAGGGGUAGAGGUAUGAGGCCAAGGUGGGCCAAUCAAGGUUUAGACUUCCUACUGAUUGCAUGUGAGCCAAAGAUACUUGCUGUUUUAACUGAGGAGGAGUAUAAGGACCUCCAAGAAAGUUUGAAUGAAUUUAUCACACAUCUUAUUGGUCAUGCUGAGAAGGCAAGUUAUGGCGGAUCACCUUCAAUCAGAGGCUCAAGUGCGGCAUCUGGUGACAACUAUAUUAUGCGUCAGCAGUAUAGCCGAUAUCCUUCCUGGCCAGCUUCUCACUUAGAAGGCAAGAUGCCGCGAUCUCAAUCCUCCAAAUCAGUCCAGGAGAACCCCACUAGUCCCCAGUCUGCCCCAGCGGCUUCUCUGUCUCCCCUUAGAGUGAUUCACUCCGUACCAUCUCUGGACAAUGGGGACAUACCCGAGUCCCCAGGCAACAAGAAGCGUGUGUCAGAUACUAACCUUGAAGUUGACCUUCAUGAUGGAGAAGAUGGUGGUAUAGUCAUGGAUGUGCACAGGCGCCAUAGAGGUUCAGACAGCGCCCUGUGCAGUAGUCAUAAUGUGUUCAGCUAUAAGCCACAUACUCGUAUUGUGGCGGCAAUAAAUAAGAUAGAGGAGGAGAGAAAUAAACGUCUACGUGAACAACGGGUCAUCGGUUCUGUGACAAAACAUAAAGAAGUCAGUUACCAUAUCAACACUAGAAAAGUCAACUUCCACUGGCAGAAAGGCAAUAAAAUUGGUGAAGGUCAGUUUGGUAAGGUGUAUUCUGCUGUCAAUAUGGACACUGGUGAACUAAUGGCCAUGAAGGAGAUGAAGUUCCCAACAGCAGACAUGCAGUAUCAUUUUAAGGAGAUUAUUGACGAGAUAAAGAUAUUUGAGGGAAUCAAUCAUCCUAAUCUAGUUAGAUAUUACGGUGUAGAAGUUCAUAGAACAGAGAUGUUGGUGUUUAUGGAGUACUGUGAUAGAGGAACUAUAGACGAGGUAUCGAGGGUGGGUUUGACUGAAGAUCUCAUACGUCUAUACACAAAGGAAUUAUUGAAAGCCGUACAAGUGCUCCAUGAUAAUGGCAUUGUUCAUAGAGACAUCAAAGGGGCCAAUAUAUUCUUAACAUCAAGUGGUUGUCUAAAGUUAGGUGAUUUUGGAUGUUCUGUUAAGUUAAAGAAUCAUACAACCAUGGUUGGUGAGGUGAAUUCUCUCGUUGGCACCACAGCAUACAUGGCACCAGAAGUAAUUACUCGCAAUGACAAAGAGGGUCAUGGUAGGGCAGCAGAUAUAUGGAGUGUGGGCUGUGUUGUGAUAGAAAUGUCUUCAGGAAAACGUCCAUGGCAUGAGCUAGAGAGUAAUUACCAGAUCAUGUUUAAACUGGGUAUGGGGGAGACUCCCCCUGCCCCUGAGAACCUUGGUGAUGAAGGCAAAGAUUUCCUUGUGCACUGUCUCGAACAAGAACCUGAUAAACGUUGGACAGCAAGUCAGCUCAGAGAUCACCCAUUUGCCAAGAUCUAUGAUCCAGAGGGUGAUGCUGAAGAUACAAAUAACAGUCAAAAUUAAUUCUGUAUAGUAACUGUUAUUUGUUUAAACUAAUCUUCGAAUUUAUUCACACUUAUCCUAGAAACACUUCUAAAAAAAUAAGAUGAUAUAUUUUAUAUUUUAAAUAAAGUGUUGGUUAUUUACUAUUUCAAAAGUGACAAGUAGCAUUGUUGUGAAUCACUGGACUAAAAUACAGAUCAUGAUAUUGUUUUGUUAAAUUAUCUUUUUUCUGGUUUUUGCCAUUUAGAUGUUUAUCUUAAUCACUGUUAAAGGCAAGAGUCUGUAAUAUUUUAAAAGAAGAUGUUUAGUCUUUAUAAUGCUAGCAACAGCAAUGACUUGACUAUACUAUCAUUGUUGAGUCAAGCCAGUCUGCUUAUCCACACUGUCUCACCCAGGCUUUAUGUUAUUGCCUGCUCAAUUAUAUUGAAAUCCCUCAAACCCGCAAUAAACAUGUCCGAAUAGAAAGCAGGAAAAGUCCAUUAACAGAAAGGUGAACAUGUGAUGAUACACUGAUUUGUGAUAAGCUCUAACAUUUUCAUUAUAACUGUAUUUAUGUAACUAUUUUGGGAAUAUCUUUGUGAAAGUGAUCUGCAUGCUAAGCUAGAUUUUUUUUAUUAUUAAAAAAUUAAUUGUAAUUUCAAUUCAUAGUUAAAGAACUGCAUUUUUAGUUAUAAUAGAAAAUAUGAAAAUAUCACUUUAUGUAAAGACUUUGAUCAAGGCAAAAUGCUCAAAAUAUUGUGAUUUUAUAUUCUGCUUGUAACAAAACAUAAAGUUCAUAACAGAGUGGUUUUUUGCUAGUUUUAAAUUUAGAUAUAAAGUAGGUAGUACCCUUAACAAUCUGGCCUUCUGAAUUUUGAUAAACUUCUCUGAUUGAAGUAAAGUUAAAGUGUUCAUGUACAUUAAUAUGUUGAUAAUGAUGAGGAAUGUAAGUGAGAUUUUACAUACAGAGUGGCCAGAGCUAUAAUUUCUUCACAUAGUGUGUUAUAACAGACUGUAGAAUGUAGUUUAGAAAUUGUCAUGAUUAUAUCUAUAAUUGAGCCGCAUCAUGACAAAACCAACAUAAUGGGUUUGCGACCAUCAUGGAUCUAGACCAGCCUGCGCAUCCACGCAGUCUGAUCAGGAUCCAUGCUGUUCGCUUACAAACCCUAUAACAAGUAGAAAAAUGGAUAGCGAACAGCAUGGAUCCUGAUCAGACUGCACGGAUGCGCAGGCUGGUCUGGAUCCAUGCUGGUCGCAAACCCAUUAUGUUGGUUUUGUCGUGAUGCGGCUCAUAUGUAGUUGACCUUUUGAAGGUAGAAAUUGUAGAUAAUUCACUACUAAUUGUUAACUUACGCUAGGUAAUAUACAGGUAUUAUGUUGUUAUCAGUUCAUUUAAAAAAUAUGUCUGGUGUCAAGUGACACUGUCAGAUCAUCAUGAAAAAUAGCUUUAAAAAAUAGAAAAAAUAAGGAUUAGAGAAAUUAACUUGAUAAAUAGAUGUUAUUAAGCAAUUUGAAUAUUGUUGAAAAAUAAAGUUAGUUAGUAUUUUUUGGAUAUAAAAAUACAAGAGCUGCAAACAUUGUAUUUUGAUUAAAAUUGGUCGUAUGAUAUUGUAAUGCACCAGUCAUUUGUUAUCCAGGCCCCAGGAUGGGGGUAUGGGAGGGUAUAUUGUGAUGUGAAUUUACCUUGCAGCUGUCCCAGUCUUUCUGUUUCAAUGCAGUAGCUUCAUUUUCAAGUGAAAAUUUUGGGAAAUAUAGACACAGUUAAGGGAACAUAGCUGGAUAUUUUAUUAUCCUAAGCAGGGCAGGAUUUUUUUUUUUGAUUUUUUUUUGCUGAAUAUUUUCCAAGAGUUGGGACAGGAGUAAAACAUGACUGGUGUGUAAUAUAUAAUUGAUAAAUGUAUAAGUUUUAAUGUGACAGAAACUGUGUUGUAGAACAAAGUUGUAUUGUGGGUAUAUACAUCACCAUUCCAUUUAAUAUUUGAAAUGUUAUAUUUUCAUACAAAGAUACAUGUUAAUCAGAAUAUAUACUAUAUCCUGUGCCUAUUUUCCUCUGUAUGGUAUAUAUACAGGGUUGAUUUCCAUGUGAGAACGUGUAUAGCUUAAAUAUUGUAACAUAGCAACAUUGUGUUGAAUGGAUUCAGUAUUAUGUGAGGAAACUAUAUGUAUUCUGUGUUGUAAAUGAAUUGUAACAGUCUUUCAUACACAGCUCAAGUUUUCAUACCGACUUAUUGGUGACAAUGUUCUAGGUUGCUUAAAUAAUGUAGAUACUGUCCUAAUUUGUAAAUAUUGUUAUAGUAUUCCAUCAGCAUAAAGUGGAUAUGACAUUUCUAUAUGAUUAUGUUUAAAGACGUGGAAUUUUUGUCUUAUCUUUGCUAUCAUUUAGUAUACAAAAGAUGACAGCUCAGGUGGAAACAGAGAAGUUUACCCUUAACUUUACAAAGCAUGUCUAGUUUUUCUGUUUAAA